AUGGGUAAAGAAAACAAGGAGGAGAAGAAGAAGAUCAGCAGUGACAGAAGGAAGAAAAGGCGAGAAGAGGACCAGCAGGAGGGGGAAGAAGAACUCACCUCCGAGACACAGCGAAGAGUCAAGAAACAGAAGUGCACAUUUGAAAAUGGACAGGAGCUUCAGAAAGCAGCUAUUCACCUUCUGAGUUGCCAUCAGAACCUGGAUGACCUCUUGUUCGAGGUGGACAGUUCCAGUAAAUCUGGACAGAGUGGUCCAGAGCCACAGAAUGCUUUUUCAGAAUCGUUUGUAGUAUCCGUUCUGCAGGAGCAGGUCUCGAGGCUGGGAGUACCAAUGGGAAUCUUGUCAGCCAAAACUACUGCUGCCAACAUUGACCAGAUUUGCAAGGCUUCCAUGGAGUCCAAAUCAGCUGCACUGUUGAACAUGGAGCAGAGAAAGAAAUUGUCUUGUUUGCUUCAAACCGUCAAGGAUUUGGUGGUGGACAAUGCCUUCUGUCGUUUGCUGUUCUGCCAAGAAUUGUGGAAAAUGCAGAACCCACCCAUGCCGGAAGUUGUAUGGCACCUGCACAGAGGCAACAUCAUCAGCUUGGGAGAGCUUCUAGAGUGCAAUUCAGACCCCCCUGCUGUGGUGGAGUGGCUAUUCAGUAGCCUUUGUCUGCUGUGUAAGCAGCCAGAUAAUUCUCCUCCGGAUCUGGAGAUUUCUGGGCACAUACUUUCAGAUUUUGUGAUUGUGUUUCUUCAGAAUGGAUUUCAGCAGACUUCAGAUCUAGGAAAGAAGAUGAAAUUCCAGAAAAUCCCCCAUAUCUGCUAUGCUGUACUGCAAAAAAUGUUGAUAUGGGUACUUGAUGCAAUUGCUAGUGAAAAACAAGAAGAGUCUUCUAAAUUACAGGCCGUGAAAUGUUGGCUGGACAUAUUCACUGUGACAAUGUACAAAAGCACCGACUGUCCAGAGUCUUUGCAACAGUUCUUCAUUCACACCCUGACUGAGAUUCUUACCUACAAUCCUCUGUUGAAAGCAUCCGAUGCCAUUCAUAUGCAAAGAGAGUGGAGUUUUGCAAGAACCUGCCCGCUGCUUACUACCUUGUAUCGCAAACUGUUCGUAGCAUUCAGUGCUGAGAAGCUGAUGUGUCAUUUGCAGCAGAUUUUGGAGACGCACGAGGUGAAUUGGCAGCACGUGCUAUCCUGCUUUUCUACAUUGGUAGUCUGCCAGGCUGAAGCAGAGCAGCUGGUUAAAGACCUACUGAGCAGUCUGCUGAUAAAAGCCUUUGAGAAUUACGAUAUGGAAAACAUGAUCACUGCAUUCCUGAUAGCUCGUCAGGCUGCCCUUGAGGGUCCUGCUGUGUUCAUGCCUUAUGCUGAAUGGUUUAAGGUUUCCUUUGGGAAUGCCAGUGGUUACCAUGGUAGCAGUAAGAAGGCAUUGGUCUUUCUGUUCGAGUUCCUCUCAGAAUUGGUCCCCUUUGAAGCACCACAAUAUCUGAAGGUCCACAUAAUGCACCCGCCUUUUGUGCCCACAAAAUACCGUUCCUUUCUCUUGGAAUAUAUCACUCUGGCCAAAACCCGGCUGGCUGAUCUCAAGGUUGCUAUAGAAGACAUGGGGCUCUAUGAGGAUUUAUCGUCAACCAAGGAAGCUGUGCAGCCCCAAUGCCAGGCACUUGAAGAUGUUGAAAAAGCCAUUCGGAUAUUUGAAAAUACAGGGAAGAUCCCGAUAAGUGUGAUGGAGGCCAGUAUUUUCAGAAGACCUUAUUAUACUUCCCACUUUAUUCCUGCUCUACUCAUGCCCCGUGUGCUUCCUGAAACUCCAGAUUCACACAUGGUUUUUAUAGAUUCUUUAAAGAGAGCUGACAAAAUCCCACCAAACUUAUACUCGAGGUAUCUCCAAGCCUGUCAUUCUUUGAAAGAGAAACUGUUACAAGAAGGAUCAACAGAAACAGAGCCUGCUCAUCUCAAAGAGCCUAUCGAACAGCUGAAAGCUGAACUGGACGAACUGAGAGUGCUGAUGACAGACCAAAGCAAACAUGAUGCUGUGCCAGUCCAUAUUGCACUGAUCUCUGAGAGACUGACCACUGUUCUGAGAUGCACCAAUAAGGAAAGUGAAGCUGCAGCCUUCAGUUCUCGGAUUCAAAUUAAUAUUUGUGCCCCAACACUUGAACAGCAGGAUCAGAGUGUCAUUGACCUCUUACUGACAUCCUUUUGCCAGAAUCUAAUAGCUGCUUCCUAUUUUGAUCCUCCUCACAGGCAGGGGCUCUGCUUGUCUCUGUUUGUGAAGAUGAUUUGUGGACACAGGCAUCUCUUAUCUGCCCUGUUGACUAGGCUCUGUCAGCUUAUUUAUCAUCAGGGUCCUGCCCUAAAUAAUGCUCAUGUUUUAGGGCUCGCUGCCUUAGUGAUUCAUUUAAAUGAAUCCAAAUCUUUGAUUCCUGAAGUGGAGAUUGUAUCCAAAGUUCCCCAGUUUGCCUCUGUAAAGGGCCUUUCUGUUACGGAGUUCUGGAACCAUUUACUAGUGUGCAGGACAGGGGAGUCCUUAGCCUUCUGCCUGAGUGGAUAUCCCUCUGAUCUGCAGAUGUCCUGCUUUCUUGCUGAUGUAGUCUUUUAUUGUGCUGAGUCUCUGCCUUUUUCCCAGCUGUCUUUCCGAGAGUGGCUGCUAUUUGAGCUAGAAGUGCAGCCUGAGAAGGAUAUCCUUUCUGCUUCUGAAAGGCAGGACUUCCAUUACUGGGCAUUGUACCAGUGGUAUCUUCCAGCCACCUCUGUUUCUGGAGGCUGUGAUGGAGACCUGGAAAAGGCAUGUGGUGUUCUUAUUGGUACAAUUCUGGAUUUCUUCCAAAGCUUUUUCCAGGCAGCGUCAUCCGGAGUCUCUCUUAAUUCCAGGUCAAAAUUGGACAAGUGUGGCCAAUUGGAGAAGUCCGAGUUUUCCCUACACAGCAGGACAGUCAAUCCUGAUGUUCUCUGUAGAUUACAGGAAAUGGUACUUGAGCUGGGGUGUAGGAAGACUUUACCCACUGGCUGCUGGUCUGACAAGGGACACUUCCUGUUUAGGGUUUUCCAGGAAAGGUUAAAAACGAUCGGAAAUGGCUCUGCUGUAGGUGAACGGCUACUGAGGCAGCAAGAAGUGCUGCUGCAAAAAAGGAUUCUGUUGAGUCUUCCUCCAUCAGUUGUUGUCAUGACCUGUCGAAGAGGAAAGAAAACUACCUUGGAUUGUGAAGAUUUCUUUCACUUUGUAAACACAGAGCUGAGGAACAUCUGUUCCAGAGGCUGCACCCUCUCCUAUGACAUCACUGCUCACUUCUUCAGGGGUCUGCUGAAUGCCAGUUUGGAGCAUGAGGAAUCCGCACAAGUGGUUAAUGAUGUUUUGAAAACAUGCCAAACCAAGUGUCCCGUUAUCAUUUCUUCUGCAGCGCGGUGGUGGCUGAGGUUGGAGCCGGUGCUGUGCUCCCAGUGGAAAAGGCUGUUUGAGGCUCCGUUGGCACAAGGACUGCAGAGGAUGAGGAAAUGGCAUCAUUCUGCUGCGAGCUUCCUCGCUUCAGAGGCAGAGUUUUCCCUCUCUGAUACACCCUGGAUUUCUGCAGCUUUUCUGCACUUCACUGCUCAGCAGCAAGCAGCGCCUGGACGAAGGAGAGCUGCACUGAAGAGCCUGGGAGGUCUCUCAGAGCAGCUCCUCGUCUGUCUGCUGUUCUUUUCACUCAUGGAUUUCAUCUCGACCAGAUUCGCACCAAAGGAAGAGAGAGAAGAGCAGAACUCUUUGGAAUGGUGCCUGGAGCUUCUCGGAUGCCUGGAAGAGCAAGGCAGGUCCUGGCUCGCACUCUUUCAUUCGGCAGAGAAAGACCGUGGACUGUAUCAAAUUCUGCACAGCACAGCCUCAGACCAGUACAUCCGCCUGUUACCUGUGGCAUUCUACAGCCUCAUCCCCUGCUUUCACCAAAACCUCCUGCAGAGAGAGCAAAGCUUCCUGUGUGUUGCUGUUGACAUGUACACCCGGCUACUUCGCCUGUACAUGGACGGGGAGAAUCCUCAGCCGUCCGAUCAGACGGGGCAAAGCCUACAGCAUGUGAAGCUGGUGGAUUCUCUAGCGGUGGUAACUAAGGCUCGUCAAUUUCUGCUACAUUCAAUUGCACAGUGCCCCCAAAAGAGCUUUAUACAUAUACAACAGGUAUGCUGUGUCCUCCUGUAUUUGUCAAGUCGCUGUAACGCCCUGCAUACUCUCCACUUCGUGUCAGCAUCCAUGCAGCCCUCGGCCUUUUGUGCUAGACUAAUCGUGAACUCAUACUGCCCCCAAACCAUACAGCACGUCACUGCCGCUGCCAGAGUACUGUUCUGGCACUACAGAUCCACUGUGUGCAUAGGAGUCAGUUGGUGCCUGGCCCCAAACCAGUCUGUCCCCCGAACUGAGGCAUGUUUAGGGAAGUUUACUAGUAGGAGGCAGGCUGAGCUGGUACUGAGCUUAGGUUGCUUUGAAGUAGUAGUAACAGGCCUUUAAUACCGCUUGCUUUCUUUUUCCUGCCAGGUACUGGAUCCCUGUGGAGAAUUUGACCCAGAGGUGAAAGCUGCCCUCUGCUAUUCCUGGAAGCGCACUGUAGCUGAGGAUUUCUAUGAUGAACCAGUCCUCUUCUAAGUGGUGCUGGUGCAGAACUGUAGCCUAGGCAAGGGCAGCAGAGAAAGACCCGUGGCUAAGACCAUUUUUGUGGCAUUCAAAGGAAUGGAUUGACAGGAAAAACUAUCAGGGGUUCUCCAUCGCUGUAGCCAGGACUACUUGAUUCAGAUUAUUUGUAAAUAAUUUAUUACAAGCAAAACCUUGAAGCUCUUGUUAACAAUAAAAAGGAGGUUAAAUUUUUCAUUUUA